UAAAAGAGCUCUACACGAAGCAGCACAGAACAAACGUCUUGAUAUCACGCAGUUUCUCAUAAGCAAAGGAGCUUCAGUAGACGCAUUAAAACAAGGUGACUGGACCCCCCUCAUGCUUGCAGCUGAAAAACAGAACUUGGAGAUUAUAAAGGUGCUGGCUGAAAACGGAGCAGACGUUAAACUUACGAACAAGGACGGUUGGAACGCCUUCCACAUAGCUGCUAGAUCAGGCAAAGUGGAGGUGUUGAAGUACUUGCUAGAGUUAAACUCUGAUCUCAUAAAUACAGUCAGUAAGAACGGCCGGACUCCGCUCCACUCAGCUGCUCUGAAUAACUGUCACGAGGCUACUGAUUGGCUACUGCUCAGAGGAAUCUCUCCUAACUUGGUGGACAGUAGCGGACUAACCCCCCUAAUGGACGGUGCGAGGAUGGGACACGAGGCAGUUUGCGUUGUCCUGGUAACGCACGGUGCAGACCUACUCCAGCUGGACAACCUCAAGAGAACUGUACUUCACCACGUGACUCAAGCCGGCCAGUUGAAUAUGAUAACGUGGUGCGUUAACAAGGCAGAACAAACAACAAAAAGGGCAUCCACUGGAGAUAUUGACAAGCGAAAAGAUUCCAAACGACUUGGCAAAAAGUCUCCCUUCAGGAAAUCGUGUGACGAAAGUGGACGAGAAGAGCGCUUUGUAAACUGGAGAUCAGAACAAGGCAGCACUGCUCUACACUACGCAGCUAAGGAAUCCCGGGAUCAUGAGAUAAAGGCUCUGCUCCAGUUAGGGGCUGAUAAGACAAUCACAGAUAACUUUGGAAGAGCACCCCUUGCUAUGUCUAACAACCCAGACAUUAGGGUACUCUUCGAGUGAGUCGUUAAAUUAAUAGAUGUUAUUUAUAUGGUAAAAUUCGGAUGUUUAUGAGUCGCAUGGUUGCAAUGUAUUCUUGUUUAAAAUUGUAUUGAUCCCGUUUGAUGCGACAAGGAAAAAUGCUCUUAUCAGGAAAGGAAUAUUAUUUAUAUUGUAUCAUUGGCACGUCAUGAUGGUUUAAGUUUUAUUCUCAAGGAAUUCAAGUUGUGUUUAAGGUAAGGUAACUGGUUACUGGUUACUGGUUGAGUGUUUAGAUACAGUUCUAGAGGUAUUUAUGAUUCAGUAAUUAGUGAGGAUACACAAAGUCGUCCAAUCAAAGAUACUCAAAUUCGUUUAAGUAGAUGCUAAUCAAAUUGGCAAAAAAUCAAAUUCACAAAAAUCUCAAGUUUCAACCUUUUCCUAAAGAAGACAACAUUUGAAAAAUACUAGGACAAAUAACUCAAAGAUCUACUCCUAAAUAAAAUCUUCAGCGUAUAACCUUUGGCUCCAUCGAAGAACACAGGAAACAAGUUCUAUUAUAAAUGAUCAAUAAAUUGGAUUUUUAGAUUAUUCACAAUUUUAGUUAAUAAAAAUUUGUGUCGGGGAAAUCUGUAACGUAUAACUUCUCCAUAGAGAUAAAUUCAAUGUUUUCUGACGGUUAUCUCAUCUAUGAGGUAGAUUCUUUUAGAUUGUUCAGUCAUACUUGAUAGAUACCCUAGAUACUAUUUAAUCAUCGUAUAGUUAAGCAUAUAUGGGUAAAACUUGCUAUAUUUAAGUAACCUGAUAAUGGGCCGCAAUUCACAGCAUGACAAGUAAAUCACCGUCCUUAACUCAAAGAUUUACCUCCUUAAUAAAAUCCUCAUCGUAUGAUCUCUGGCUCAAGGAAACACGUUCCAUUAUAAUUAAUAAAUUGAAUUUUUAUAUUACUCAAAAUUUAGCAAAUACCAACACCUAUACACACCACUGAGGGUAGUCAGUAGUGUAAAUAUAUGUUUUACUAUUUGUGCUACAGAUUUACUUCGCGUUGGUCAACUCUAAACUCUUGCAUUGUUAAGAUGCUAUUGUCACAAGUUAUUUUCGCUAAGAAUCAAAAAUAAAAAUGAAAACUAAUUAUAGAAAGAAGGCGAACGCUGAUGGGACCCCGCUCUCUCCUCAAUACAAGACAUUCGGGAAUCAUACGUAUCAAGUUUUGACGAAAUCGUAUCUAAUCUAGAAUCGAAACUUUCUCAUUUAUUGGAGAUUGCAUCAAGUCUGGCAACAAUCGAAUUAGAAAAAUUAACAAACAGUUUUUCGAUUAGCUUUACCAUAGACUGCUCUUCGGUUUGAAUAGGAGAGCCUGAAAGGUUUAAAUUUUGACGUUUUGGAGCAUCCUUGUGAGAAGGCGAACUACUGGCACUUACAUCAGAUAACUUCCUUUUAUUAUCAGAUUGGUUAAGCGAAGAACCAGAAAAAUACUCUAGAAUACCAGCCAUAAUCAUAAAAUAUGGCCAUGGGAACAACUUAAGUUAAGCCGGUAAAGUCUUGUACGUGGUAUUGAAGAAGUACGUGUUAUAGUGUGUAUAGAAAAGAUUUUAGGGAAGUUCUAGAAAAAACAGGUAAAACCACACAACUUUAACGGUUAAAAAAUGAAUUAAAUAAAGAAAAAUGAAGUAAAGAAAGAAAGACGUAUUGUAAGGAUGAGAAAAAAUGGGUAAAACCACACAACUUGAACGGUUAAAAAAUGAAUUAAAUGAAGAAAAAUGAACUCAAGAAAGAAAGACCUAUUGUAAGGAUAAGAAAAAACGGGUAAAACCACACAACUUGAACGGUUAAAAAAUGAAUUGAAUAAAGAAAAAUGAACUCAAGAAAGAAAGACGUAUUGUAAGGAUAA